GCGGCUAAUCUAGGAGUAAGCACAGGCAAACAUCUAGCUGAGGUAUGUAAGGCUGAAUAUCCAAGAUACCUACGGUAUUGCCUAUGGUUGCUAGCAGAGCUUGCAGUGAUAGCUGCUGAUUUACCAGAAGUAAUUGGGACAGCCUUUGCAUUGAACAUUUUGUUCAAACUCAAAUUAUGGAUUGGAGUCCUCUGCACAGGCUUCAGCACUCUCUUGCUUCUUGGUCUACAAAGAUACGGGGUGAGGAAGCUGGAAGCCUUGAUAGCAGUGCUGGUGUUUAUAAUGGCUGGUUGUUUCUUUGGAGAACUGAGCUAUGUAAAACCCCCAACGCAUGAUGUGUUGAUGGGCAUGUUCGUGCCAAAGCUUAGUGGGCAAGGAGCCACCGCUGCUGCCAUUGCCCUACUUGGUGCCCUUGUUAUGCCGCACAAUCUGUUUCUUCAUUCUGCUCUUGUACUUUCUAGAAAAGUACCAAAUUCUGUUCAGAGCGUCAAUGCUGCAUGUCGAAAUUUUCUUAUAGAAAGUGGAUUUGCCUUGUUUGUCGCAUUUCUGAUCAACGUAGCAAUGGUAUCUGUAACUGCUUCUCUUUGCUCUAAUGCACAACUCUCUGAUGAAAACCAAAACAACUGCAAUAAUCUCACCCUUGACUCAGCUUCCUUCCUUCUCAAGAAUGUAUUAGGAAAGGCUAGCCCCAUCCUCUAUUCCAUUGCCCUACUUGCAUCAGGACAGAGCUCUGCAAUCACAGGCACCUACGCAGGACAAUUCAUAAUGCAAGGUUUCUUAAACCUAAAGAUGAAGAGGUGGAAGAGGAACUUGUUGACAAGGUGCAUUGCCAUCGUACCUAGUCUUUUAGCCUCCAUCAUUGGUGGGCCUCAAGCAGCAGGCCAAUUGAUCAUCAUUGCGUCGAUGAUAUUGUCCUUUGAACUCCCAUUUGCUCUCAUCCCACUUCUUAAAUUUAGCAGCAGCAACACCAAGAUGGGACCACACAAGAGUUCAGUAGUUAUCAUUGUAAUAUCAUGGUUGCUAGGCAUAGGAAUCAUUGGCAUCAAUGUCUAUUACCUGAGCAUAGCCUUUGUGAGUUGGUUGAUUCAUGCUCGAUAUUUACACACGGUCGGUAAAGUGUUAAUCGGAAUCCUAGUUUUUCCUGUCAUGGCAAUCUAUCUUCUUGGUAUCAUCUAUUUGGCCUUCCGAAAAGACACUGUAGUGACAUAUGUGGAACUAACAAAGCCAGAUCAAAUGGAAGGUGGACUCAACCAGAUGGACACUGUCUCGUAUAGAGAGGAUUUGGCUGAGAUUCCAUUGCCAAAAUAGCUGCACCGCUCGUUACACAAACAAAUAUGCCUUGUAAUUGGAAGAUUAAUAUUCACUUCUUCUAGAAUGGCAUUUUUCUUACAUUUGUAAAAUGGAUAUAUAUAUAUAUAUAUGUAGACUGUUGUAUGUAGGAAGAAAAUAUGAAAAAAACA